ACACCUUCACUAAAGCUUCAACAUUUCGGAGCAGUAGUCGCCGCUUCGCCUGCCAAAACCAGUGAAGCUCCGAAGAAAAGACACCAAUGGCGAUCAUCAAAUCAAAGCUACACUUAUACCUUCCCCCUCGUUUUCUCUCUCCUCUCUCUACCCACACCCUCACCUUCAAAUCCCACUUCUCUUCUUCCCCGUCUCCACAGCCACCCCUCCAACACGACGCCGUAAACGACGACGAAUCACCCACCACUCCCAUCCCUCUCCUCUCACCGUCAGAAACUCUACUCGCCGAGCAAUUUCACUCCCUCAUCAAAGACCACCACCGCAAAAACCCCGACCCAAACCCUAACCCUAGCCCUAACCUCACCAUCCCAUCUCUCUCCUUGUCCUUCUCCGAAGCCCUAACCCUACCCCUCUCCACCUCCGUCGUCCGCCGUGUGGUCGAGAAAUGCGGCGCCGUCCGCCACGGCAUCCCCUUCCCCCAAGCCCUAGCUUUCUUCAACUGGGCGAUGGCGAACACCGGUUUCCCCACCUCUCCUGAACCCUACAACGAGAUGAUCGACCUCGCCGGGAAGGUACGUCAAUUCGACAUCGCUUGGCACUUGAUAGCUUUGAUGAAAUCGCGUGGCGUGGAAAUUGGGAUUGAAACUUUCUGUAUUCUGAUACGGCGGUACGUGAGGGCUGGAUUGGCCGCUGAGGCAGUCCACGCGUUUAACCGGAUGGAGGAGUAUGGAUGUGAGCCUGAUCGGAUUGCGUUUUCUGUGGUGAUUAGCAUUCUUUGUAAGAAGAGAAGGGCUACUGAAGCCCAAUCGUUUUUCGAUAACUUGAAAGUGAAGUUUGAACCUGAUGUGGUUGUUUACAGUAGCUUAGUUCAUGGGUGGUGUAGGGCAGGCAACAUCUCUGAGGCCGAGAGGGUGUUUCGUGAAAUGAAGACGGCUGGGGUUAAGCCGAAUGUGUAUACAUAUAGUACGGUGAUUGAUGCGUUGUGUAGAAAUGGGCAGAUUACGCGUGCCCAUGAUGUUUUUGCGGAGAUGAUUGAUGUUGGGUGUGAACCAAAUUCAGUUACUUUUAAUAAUAUGAUGAGGGUGCAUGUUAAGGCUGGCCGGACUGAGAAGGUCUUGCAAGUGUAUAAUCAGAUGAAGAGGCUUUCUUGUCCAGCUGAUACGAUUACGUAUAAUUUUAUCAUAGAGAGUUAUUGUAGAGAUGGGAAUAUAGAAGAUGCAGUUAAGAUACUCAAUACGAUGGUCAAGAAAGGGUGUACUCCUAAUGUGUAUACCUUCAAUCCAAUCUUUGGGUGUAUUUUGAAGUCAAAGGAUGUGAAUGCUGCUCAUAGGAUGUUUGCCAAGAUGAAAGAAUUGAAAUGUAAGCCCAACACGGUGACGUAUAAUAUGCUGAUGCGGAUGUUUGCUGAUUCGAAAUCAACUGACAUGGUUCUCAAGCUUAAGAGAGAAAUGGAUGAUAGUGAAACUGAGCCUAACGUGAAUACUUAUCGGGUUCUUAUUUCUAUGUAUUGUUCGAUGGGGCACUGGAACAAUGCUUAUAAAUACUUCAAAGAGAUGAUGGAGGAGAAGUGUUUGAAACCGGGUCAAUCAGUUUAUGAAAUGGUUUUGCAGGUGCUGAGGAAUGCAGGGCAGAUAAAGAAGCAUGAGGAAUUGGUAGAGAAAAUGGUGGAUAGGGGAUUUGUUACUCGUCCAUUGUAGAAGGAGCAUGAUGUUUUGUAAUCUUUAACUCUAUCAUAGCUAGCAUACCGAGUUCUUUCAUGGCACUGUGUUGUGGUUGCUUAAAAGUUGGGAAUUUUGGAUUAUAUCUCAGAUAUUCAUGUACAAGUUUUGGGAAAAUUAUCAAGUCAUUAAGUUCAGAUGUUUACUGUUGUCAAUAGUGAAUGUUAUCAUUGUAUCCUGGAAUAAUAGUGGUUCUGUUCAUAUUGUCCGAA